AUGCGAGGCUCAGAGUGCCAUGGUGGGUUCAGCUUCAGCCCCUCCCCCCCUUCGUCUGCAGUGCUGACGCAUCUGCUUCUUGUGCAUCAAUCAACAGCCGCUAUGUCUGCAUACAUCGCGCCAAACCUGAUGGAUAGUUACCACCCUCACACCGUGCUCAGCAAGCUCAAUGAGCAGCGCUUACAAGGCCUUUUCUGUGAUGUCACCAUUGUGGUGGAGGAUGUCAAGUUCCGUGCCCACAAGAACAUCCUGGCAGCUUGCAGUGGUUAUUUCAAGAAUGCUCUGACAAAUGACACAUGGAGUUCGAGCCGUGUGCUGGAGCUAAUGGACCUUAAGUCUGAAGUUUUCGCCUGUGUCCUCAACUUCAUCUACUCCUCAAAGGUUACAUUGUCUUGUUUUGAGGACAACAAGGAGCUAAUAGCGGCAGGGAAAAGACUUGGCAUUCCAUUUUUAGAGAAGCUUGCAGGGAAAGGGAAACAGGACAGGAAUAAAAAUCAACUGGACUCUAUUAAAUCGCAUGACUGGACCACAGCUAAUGUGCUUAAAAAAAGCAAGCAUGAGGCUACUAGACCUGAGGAGAUUGAUGGCACUAGAGGACCACGAAUCACCAAUGCCUUCUCCAUCAAUGAGGUGUGUGCUGGAAACAAUCCAUUCACCCCACUGGAAGAUGGUAGGCAGUCACCAGAUGAGGUCAAACUCCCAGAAAGGUCCCCAACAUCCUCCUGCCUUGAUGGAAUAAAUGAAACCACACUACCCUUCUUAGACCACUCGUAUGCGGUAAACCACGCACCUAAUGAAAAAGGUCACACUAGUCAGUGGGACAGCAAGAAGUUGUCUAAGUCAGCACCAUUACAGCCAACUCAAACUGCUAACCGGAACUCGGGCCCCCUCAAAAAGCGCCACAGGCUUAGGGGUGCUUUGUCAAGUACAUUUCCAACACAUAGUGAAACACACACACAAAUAAGUAAAACCAUAUUAGCUGAGGGAGCAGCUUCAUCACCUCCUCCCUUUCCAGAGCAUGAACAAGACCAGCCUAGAGAUGCAGUCAUUCCAUUGCCCAAGAGCAGUAUCCAGAUGACACCAAGUCCUUCGACUCCCCCCCCUCAACCAGAGGACAGCAUGUCAAUCUAUGGAUGUAAACGCUGUCCAGAGAUAUUUAGAACUAAAUCUCUCCUUGCCAUUCACUCAAAGGUACAUAAAAGGUAUUCCGAUAGUCCUUUGUUUUGCAAGUUUUGUGAGAAAAAAUUUAUACAUCUGAAACGUCUUCGCAAUCAUGAGCAAAUCUGUCCCAAAGCUGUGAGGGAAAAGACUGAACAAGAUUCCAGUGACAUAGAUGUCAAAGAGGAUGACCUCGAUUCAAGUAGCACGUUGAGUGAGGAGAACAUCAAAACACAAUUUUCUCCUUUUCACCACCCUGUGACUGCCCCUAUCCUUGAAGAUCAAUUUGUGCCCAUGAAAGAUGAAAAUAAAAAAAGGUCAAGUGGCAAUCAGAGAAGAUACCCCUGCAGUGUUUGUAAACGGGUCUAUAUAACACUUUCUAGUCUGAAAAGGCAUGAGAAUGUACAUUCCUGGCAUAGGGCUUAUCCAUGUCAUUACUGUAAUAAAGUGUUUGCAUUGGCAGAGUACCGUACCAAGCAUGAAAUCUGGCAUACAGGUGAACGCCGCUAUCAGUGCAUUUUCUGUCUGGAAACAUUCAUGACGUAUUACAUCUUGAAAAACCAUCAAAAGUCUUUCCAUGGGAUUGAUCCCUCACUAGCCAUUAAGCGAAAAUCUGCCAAUGGUGGUCUGAAAGCCAGUGUUUAUCCAAUCAAGCUUUACAGGCUUCUGCCAAUGAAAUUCAGGAAAAGACGAUAUAAAACAUACAGUCAGACAUAUUCGGAGGCUGAUGAAACGGACUAUAAAGUGUCACUUGAAAACAAUUCUCUCCUUCCUCAGUUUGAAGGAAAUGGUGUCAAUGGCCGUGCAGAUGGUGGUUCAUUGCCUUUGACUUUCAUGGCAACAACUAAUAUGGUUGCUCCUAUCAUGCCCCGCAUCAGCUUUGACAAGCCCUGUGAUACAGAUAUUGACCAAAGUUUACUCCAGAAUUAUCAACAGAGAACAUCAGGAAAAGAUGACACGCAUAGUUCACCUUUCAUUAACUUUGACUCUACAGUACCUUUGCAGUCUGACCCUGAGUCUUCCCCUAUCAGUAAUAAAGGUAACCCUUUUAACCUAACCAAUUCGCAUCACAUCCAUCAAAAUGUGUCAUUCCUAAACUCACUAAACAAUGUUGAAAAGCUCAGUGAGUUGUCUGCAUCAGCAAAAAGACUUGAAAAAAUGACUCAAGAAAUGCUUCAGUCAAAUCCUGAGGAAUUGAGUCUUGAUAAAACAGCGGGGGCAACAACUCAGACCUACAUCGCCAAACCUGUAUGCCCAGGUCCAUCUGCAGAUGGUGAUGCAAGGCCGCUAUGCCAGAUAACUGUAAAAAUAGGUGAUGAAGCCAUUGUUAGCCGGAGAAUCAAAGGGUCGAAGCUCUUUCCAAGGAGGAAAAAAAAGAUAAGAAAAAUGGGGGAUUUAGAGAGCCAAAGUCAACUUCAUCCAGAUGACAAGUUGGAGAGCCCCAAGCUACGCUUCAGGACAGACAUUUCAGGUUUAAUAUCUGAGCCAUACGAGGAUCCCAAUGAUUGUGACGUGGCUGACGAACUUUGGCGUCCCUACUAUUCUUACAAAGCCAAAAAGAAAAAAAAGCUCAAAUUUAAGCACAGAAAAACUUUGUAUCAAGAACACAAGGUUUCAGCAAGAACUGACACUGUUGACAGUGAGGCUCGACUGGACAGUUGGCAGACAGGAGACGGUACCUCAGGUGGGGAAGAUUUGAAACGCAGUCUUCAACCAAGGACAAUCUACAACUGUGACAUUUGUGACAGCUCUUUCAUCACUGAGACAGGUUUAAGAGCACACAUUAUAGGUUCUCAUCCAUAUUUCUGUCGCACUUGUGGGAAACAGGGUCCUCCAGGGGAGACACCUAGUGGCAAUGAUUACGUUUGCAACAGUUGUAUGGAAAAUGGCUCCUGCUUUGAUAAUUCAAAUUGGAGCCCCAAACCAGAGAAAAAGUUUCGCUGUUCCUUCUGUCCUCAGCGGUUUCUCUACCUUGCCACCAAGCGAAGCCAUGAGAAAAAACACCUAGAGACACCUGGGGAGAGUUACACGAAUAAGCCAUGUUUGGAAUUCCUGGAUAACGUGAGUGAGAAAAACAAAAAAGACUGCAUCAAAACGGAGGACGAUGACUAUCAAGAAAGUUCCGACAUGCAAUGUGAGGAUGGAGCACAUUUCCCUAUGAAGAAGGUUAAAACUGAGGAAACCUCUGAGUUAAUCACUUGGACUCCGAAUCAGGACAUUACAUACGCGCACUUAAGUUCUUCAUUCCCCCAGCCUGAGCCACUGUGCACUUUGACUUCACCUUCAAAAAUGAAACAAAAAAUGAAAAAACAUUCUUUAGGUCAAGCUUUAAAUCAGCAAGUUCAACGAAGAGAUGCCAAUAAAGACAAGGACAGUUUGGAAGUAGAGAGUGUAAAUGAUAACGACAAGUCUUGCAAAUUGCCAAGAAAGACUGCCCUGGGGUUUAAAGACAACCAGAUUUCUGGACACAGGCCAGAGAAAAGGAUGAGUAAAAACAAAACAUUUUUCUAA